UCAGUAACCCAAACAACACUUUUUGUCACAAUAAGUAUUCGUGUCGUCCACCGGAAUCUCGUCCCAUUAAAACUUACAAGUUUGAGUCAAUAUGAUAUAAUUUUUGGUUGGUCAGAUCCACAACACAAUCCAACUGCGAAGCAACAUAUAAGGAAGCUUAGAUGUUCCGCUCUUUUUAAUUUAUCUAAUCUUUAUGCGUGUUGCUCCGUGGACUCAAUCUAGUUAAAACGAGUCCUUUUCCGACAAAAACUCAAUCCAUUAUAUAAUUUUUUAAGAAACGAUAAAAACCACCGAGGAGUCGUAUUCAGAAUCUCAGAUCUGCCUCUCCUAUUAGCAAACCUGCAAAACCAAAGCCCCCCUUCCAUGACCUCCAUGGAUUGAUUUCUUUAAUGUUUUUUUUUUGUUCCCCUGAAUUAUAGCUUCAAUCAAUACUCCUCUUGAGGGAAUAAUCUCGAGCACCUCAUGAGAACCAAGCACAUCGUACCAACAGAAGCGUACGACCCCAUCAGCGGCCUCGCGGACGACAUCUGCGGCCGCAUCGUUUCCUUCCUACCCAUGAAGGAGGCCGUGGCCACCUCCGUCCUCUCCAAGCGUUGGCGCUACGCCUGGACCUUCUCCCCUGUCCUCGACCUCGACCUCUCCCUCUUCCCCAAAGCCCGCGGCCGCCGGGCCGCCUUCGCCGACUUCGCCGACUCCGCCGUCGCCCUCUUCGCCCUCCCCCACCUCACCAAGCUCCGCCUCUCCCUCGACGACGCCCGCGGCGGCGGCGGCGGCCCCGACCCCCGACUCGAGUCCUGGCUCGCCUUCGCCGUCGCUCGCCGAGUCCAAGACCUCGAGCUCUGCCUUCCGAGAUCGCGGACGAGGCGGCUCCCCGAUUCCAUCUUCCGCUGCGGCUCCAUCACCUCCUUGAAGCUGAGGCUCCGCUGCUACGCCUUCGAGCUGCCCUCGCCUGCCGGCCUUCCGAGGCUCAGGGUGCUGCACCUGACGUCGAUAUCGCUAUCGAAAGGAUCCUUCUUCCAAGACCUCUUCUCAAACUGCGUGCUCUUGGAGGAGCUGGUCGUCGAGGAGUGCCGGACGGACGUUCUCGAGAUCGACGGUGCUCGCAAGCUCACUACUCUGGUGAUAUCUAAAUGCAGCUGGGUCGACCCGGCUCGGAUUCGUGUCUCGGCGCCACGUCUGAAGACUCUUCAUUAUGUUGGUGGAGCCGCCGACGAGCAUUGCAUGGAGAACUUGCAGCGUUUGGAUGAGGUGGUUUUGGGUUUGAGAGCUCCCUCCUUGAUGUGGGAAGCUGAGGAGGAUUGCCAGGAGCGUUUGGUCAAGCUUUUCCAGAUGGUCGGCGGCGCGAGAAGUCUGACGCUGUCGUCGUGGUGCAUCAGGCAUCUCGCGCGAGCGCCCGGUCUACCGGACGGCGUGCAAGAAGGCGUGAAGCAUCUGGUGUUGUUUAUGGAGCGCAGAGAAGACGGUCUUGGAGCCAUAGCUCCAUUGCUGAGGAGCUGCCCAUAUCUGGAAACCCUUUCAGUGAGCGUCACGCCAUCGCAGUCGGUGCGAAAAGGACGUGCUACUGCUAGAGAGAAGCAAAGAGAGCUAGGAAUUAGGAGGAUGGCGAGGCAGUUGAAGACUGCUAGGCUGGAGAACAUUGAUGAGAGCAAGACUGGGCUGGAGCUGGUGAGGUUUCUGUUGAAAAACUUGCGAGCGCUUGAGAAAAUGACCAUCGUGCCUUCGAAGGAUGGUUUGGAGCAUGCAAAGUUUAGACGCAAGGUGUCAACCUUCCCAAGGGCCUCCCGGAAUGUUGUUAUAGAGUAUCACUUCUCUGAGUGAAAAUUUUGGAUGGAAAUUUGUUAACUCGUUCUUCAAAUUGUGACUGUUGAUGCAAUAACUUCAUGUUCCGGUUAUUCUCAUAUGUAGCUGACUCGUGUGAAUUUCUUAGCUGUGAGCAUGAAAAGAUUGGCCUUUUGGGCUUCUGAGGAAGAGUUCAAUGUAUGUCUGUUUGAUGAGUUAUGCUGUAGUCGUCCUUUGCUAAUCCAACAUCCAAAUGAGUUCUGAAAACAGAGUCAUUCAGACGAGGCACGACCAUUUUCACCCCUUCUCUAUAAUGAACAGAUUUCUUUAUGGCGACUUUCCUCGAGUACUUGCUGUAGAUGUAAUGUUUUCUCGAUUGUUGUGGACAUUUUAUCUAUCUUGAUCAACAUCAAAGUGAAAGGAGAGCUAAUAUGAGAUGAUCGACUAAAUUUUGCCAGGAAUGGAAGAAAUAUUUGAGCAAUCUGGCAUGCUGUUGAUUUCUCUAGCAUCACUAGGUUACUUUUAUAAUUUCAGUUGACAUCUAG